CCAAUGACUCCCACUAUGAAGCUACUCUUUCUCUUCGGCGCCUGUCUACUGGCCUCACAGGCCACCUCUGACUUGGUGGAGAAACGAGAGGAUCUGCCUUCGGUAGACGGUGUCGGUCCGGACACAGAGGUAGACGGAAUCCCCGUCAAACUUCUGUCUCCUGAAGAGCUUGACGAACUUUUGAAUGAGGACGACAGAGUACUCAUCCCACAGCUAGACAUUGAAGCAUCCAAGAAGCUAGUUCUAAGCAGAAGCAGCAAGACUGGGGAAGUGAGAAGAAAACGCUGGAUCGGCUUAGCCUUUCGAGCCGGCAGGGCCCUGUUCACGGGUGCCAGGCGGUUCCGGACGACCUUUAGCGGGGCUCGAAGAACGACACAAUAUGUCAAGAAGGGAGGAAUGAACAAUGCCCGGAGAGAUUUCAACCGUUUCAACCCAAGCAACAGAAAGCCGAUCAAUGGACGCUACAAGGGAGAAACUGGGACUGUCGGGAACCAUAGAGUUACAGUUCGAAAUGGAAGCAGCGAUGGUCGCUCAACACUCGAAAUUCGAUCUCCAAAAGAAAAUGGGAGAACGAAUGUGAGAAAAUUCCGAUAUGACAAUUAAAAGAAUUGAAGUCCUCAUUAAACGCGAGAAGCGCGAUGGUGAUCUACAUAAAAGAGUUCUUUCCUUUGCUUUUAUCUUCAGCAGAGGUCUAAGUUUUCUUUUUCUUAAAAGAUUUGUUCUCUAGUGUCAGCUGAAAAAAAUAAUUUGAUUAAGAAUCUAAUUACCAAUCGAGUAAAGGUAAUAUAAUAUUAAAGACUGCAAAAGUACAUGUUGUUUUUAUAAGAAAUGUUUUCACCCUGUUACAUGAACUUGUUUAAAUAAAGCAGCGCCUAUGAAAAGGUCUUUCACUAUACAGGCCAUGAACUGGCCCAGGUACGGCCUGGGUAUGCCACAAUGUGGAACGGCCUGGUGGCUGUGACUCGUGAGCACUGGAGGGUCAUAACUCACGUCGACAUUGAGUCAGAUAUA